AUGCUCUUUAAGCAGGCUGAUCUCUGGAUCCCCCGCCAAGGCAAAUGCCGCAAAGAUGAGAUGACCUCAAGUUUGGGCCUUAGCACAAAGAAAGCCCUCACAAUCCUGAGAGACCAGUUGUCAGCACUGCUGGAGGGGCAUCAGAAGGAACGGAAGAAAGUAACUUCGUGGAAGGAGGUGUGGAGGAGCAGUUUUCUGUACCAUGGUAACCGUUGCUCCUGUUUCCACUGGCCUGGUGCAUCUCUGAUGCUUCUGGCAGUGCUGUUGCUGCUGUGCUGCUAUGGGAGCCAGCCACAAGGGAGCCAAGGUGCCGAGAUAGUUAAUGCACUGGCACUCUUCUUCCUUCUCCUCUUGGAUCUCUUCAUGAUUGGGCGUCAAGAGAGGCUGAAGUGCAGAGAGGUGGAGAGGAGACUUCAGACGAUCAUUGAUAAGAUAAAUGAUACACUUGUCAAAGAGGUGAAAUGGCCAGACUCCAUGUACCCGGACCUCCACAUGCCUUAUGCCCCAUCCUGGUCCCUCCACUGGGCCUACAGGGAUGGGCACCUUGUCAACCUGCCUGUGAGCCUGUUGGUAGAAGGAGACGUCAUUGCUUUGAGGCCAGGCCAGGAGUCGUUUGCUUCUCUGAGAGGAAUUAAGGAUGAUGAGCACAUAGUUCUGGAGCCAGGAGAUCUCUUUCCACCUUUCUCACCUCCACCCUCCCCACGGGGAGAAGUGAAGAAGGGACCUCAGAAUCCUCAGCUGUAUCGUCUCUUCCGUGUCUUGAAGACCCCAAUAAUUGAUAAUGUCAGGUGGUGUCUGGAAAUGGCAUUGUCACGUCCUGUGACAGCCCUGGAUAAUGAGAGGUUCACCGUACAGUCAGUGAUGCUGAAAUACGCUGUCCCGAUUGUACUGGCUGGCUUCCUGAUUACCAAUGCUGUGCGCUUCAUUUUCAAAGCUCCUGGAAUUGCUUCCUGGCAGUACACUCUUCUUCAGCUACAGGUGAAUGGUGUCCUACCCAUCCUUCCAAUGCUCUUUCCUGUCCUGUGGAUUCUUGCUACAGCCUUUGGAGAAGCCAGAGUCUUAGCCCAGAUGAGCAAGGCCUCAUCCACCUCACUGCUUGCUAAGUUUUCAGAGGACACUCUCAGCAGCUACACAGAGAUGGUAUCUUCUCAGGAAAUGAUACGCUGCAUCUGGAGCCACUUCCUCUGUGUUUUAAAAGGCAAAUCCCCAACUCUGAGCUUCACUUCCAGCUUGCUCCACAGCCUGGGAUCUGUCACUGUGCUCUGCUGUGUAGACAAGCAGGGGAUUCUCUCCUGGCCAAACCCCAGCCCAGAGACUGUUCUGUUCUUCAGUGGGAAGGUGGAACCACCACAUGAUAGCCAUGAAGACCUGACUGAUGAGCUGUCUACGCGGUCCUUCUGCCACCCUGAGAUGGAAGAGGAGCCCCAUGAAAGAGACGCUUUGCUCUCUGGCUCCCUGGCAGACGCAGUCCAUGUGACCAAUGAGCAAGAGAGGAACAACUGGGCUAGUGACCCUCCAAAGGCUCCCGACGCCCAUGCCCACCGAAAGCCAAACAGCAGAAGCAAGCAUCCCUCUGGGUCCAACGUGAGUUUUAGUAAGGACACAGAGGGUGGAGAGGAGGAGCAUACUCAGGUUGCCGGUGACACUGAUGUGUUGGCUUGUGAGGCUGAAGAUUUUGUGUGUGACUACCACCUUGAGAUGCUGAGCCUGUCCCAGGACCAGCAGAACCCCUCCUGCAUCCAGUUUGAUGACUCCAACUGGCAGAUGCACUUGAAUUCCCUCAAGCCUCUGGGCCUGAACGUGCUGCUCAAUCUCUGCAAUGCCAGUGUGACAGAGCGUCUGUGCCGCUUCUCUGACCACCUCUGCAACAUUGCCCUCCAGGAAACUCACAACGCCGUGCUGCCUGUCCAUGUGCCCUGGGGCCUCUGUGAGCUUGCCAGGCUAAUAGGUUUCACACCAGGUGCUAAAGAUCUUUUCAAGCAGGAGAACUAUUUGGCCUUGUACCGCUUGCCAAGUGAUGAGAUGGUUAAGGAGACGAUGCUGGGGAAGCUUUCAUCAAUUACCAAGAGGAGACCACCGCUGAGCCACAUGAUUAACCUGUUCGUGAAGGACACCACUACCAGCACUGAACAGAUGUUUUCUCAUGGGACAGCUGACAUCAUCCUUGAGGCCUGCACAGACUUUUGGGAUGGUACCGAUAUCUACCCCCUCUCUGGCUCUGACAGGAAGAAGGUGUUAGAUUUCUACCAGCGGGCCUGCCUCUCAGGAUACUGUUCUGCCUUUGCAUACAAGCCAAUGCAUUGUGCCUUGUCCUCCCAGCUCAACGGCAAGUGCAUAGAGCUGGUGCAGGUCCCUGGGCAGAGUGCCAUCUUCACAUGCUGUGAUCUCCCUGGGACAACCCCCAUCAAACAGAGCAGUCGGAGGAAUAGUUGGAGCUCUGAUGAAGGGAUUGGGGAAGUGAUGGAGAAGGAGGACUGUAUCCAGGCUCUGAGCGGACAGAUCUUCAUGGGAAUGGUCUCAUCUCAGUAUCAGGCCCGUCUUGACAUUGUCCGCCUCAUUGAUGGAUUGGUCAAUGCCUGCAUUCGUUUUGUCUACUUCUCCCUGGAAGAUGAGCUCAAAAGCAAGGUGUUUGCUGAGAAGAUGGGUCUUGAGACUGGCUGGAAUUGUCACAUAUCCUUAACGCCCAACGGUGACGUGCCUGGUUCAGAGAUCCCUCCCUCUAGCCCCAGCCAUGCUGGCUCCCUGCACGAUGACCUACAUCAGGUUUCUCGAGAUGAUGUGGAGGGGCUCCUGCUGAUGGAAGAGGAAGGGCACUCAGAUCUCAUCAGCUUUCAGCCAACAGACAGUGAUAUCCCCAGCUUCUUGGAGGACUGUAACAGGGCCAAACUUCCACGAGGGAUCCACCAAGUGAGACCCCACCUGCAAAACAUAGACAACGUGCCUUUGCUGGUGCCCCUCUUCACAGACUGCACCCCAGAAACCAUGUGUGAGAUGAUCAAGAUCAUGCAGGAAUACGGGGAGGUGACUUGCUGCCUGGGGAGCUCUGCCAACCUGCGGAACAGCUGCCUCUUCCUGCAGAGUGAUAUCAGUAUAGCACUGGACCCUCUCUACCCAUCCCGCUGCUCCUGGGAGACCUUUGGCUACGCCACCAGCACCACCAUGACUCAGGCCUCUGAUGAGCUCACCCCCCUGCAGCUUUCAGGGCAGCUCAACAGCCUGCCUUGCUCCAUGUCCUUCCGCCAAGAAGAGAGUACCAGCAUCAUCAGGCUUAUAGAGCAGGCACGGCACGCAACAUAUGGGAUCCGCAAGUGUUUCCUCUUCUUGCUGCAGUGCCAGCUGACCUUGGUUGUCAUUCAGUUCCUCUCCUGCCUGGUACAGCUGCCCCCCAUUCUCAGUACCACGGACAUCGUGUGGCUCUCCUGUUUCUGCUACCCACUGCUCAGCAUCUCACUCCUGGGCAAGCCUCCCCACAGCUCCAUCAUGACCAUGGCAACAGGGAAAAAUUUGACUUCCAUUCCUAAGAAGACCCAGCACUACUUCCUCUUCUGCUUCCUGCUGAAAUUCAGCCUGACCAUCUGUUCGUGCCUCAUCUGCUUCGGGUUCACGCUGCACGAGUCCUGCAAGGAGGUGAACACUACCAGCCACAAUCUCACAGCCUGCUCCUCCAUCAUGCUGCACAGUGAUGCUCCUCGUGCUCCUGACUGGUUUGGGACAUUUUCCAAUGCUCUUCUUGUAGCCCAGAAGCUCACAGCUGGCCUGAUUGUUUUACACACAGUUUUCAUAUCCAUCACCCACGUCCAUCGCACCAAGCCACUGUGGAAGAAGAGCCCCCUCUCCAACCGGUGGUGGACGCUCACUGUGGCUGUCGUAUUGCUGGGGCAAGUGGCGCAGACUGUUCUGGACCUGAAACUCUGGGAAAACCUCAGUUCUCCGUUGACAUUUAACUACGUUUCCAUCUCCCCCGUCUCAUGGCUCCUGGGUUUUCUUUCCUUGAUCCUGGUGGUUAUCAUCAACGAGAUUGUCAAGCUGCACGAAAUCAGGGUCCGGGUGCGUUACCAGAAGAGGCAGAAGUUGCAGUUUGAAACAAAGCUGGGGAUGAAUUCUCCAUUUUAAAACCUCCCAACUUGAGUUCCCUGGGGCCAGGGGCAGACAGACACAUCCUGCACUGGGAGAGCAGCUGCACCAAAGGCUCAGGGAGUUUCUUUCACACAUGCAAACCAGACGGCCUCCUUGCAAAACUGCAUCAGCACCUUCCUUCCUGGGGGCCUCAGGCAGGGCACUGCCGUCAGGACCCCCCAGCAGGUAUGCAGCGCCUCCCUGGCCUGCCAGGGUGCUCUCGAGGGAGCCUGCAAGCUCUGGUGGCUGUUCAGGCUGCUCUUCCUUUAUUUAUUUAUUACUAGAGGUUUUUGUUAGUAUCAUGGUGAUGCUGAAAUCAAGUGACUCCUUCCCUCUGUGUGAGCAGAUGGGUUUCCUUGACCUGGCAGGAAAAUCUGGGGCCAGAAGGGGAGACGUAGGGUUGCUGAGGCCAGAGAUUUCUAUUGAAACCCAUUUUUUUUCCUUCUCUGCCUGCUUUCCUGGAUGACGUGCAUGUGCAUGCUUGCGCGUGCCCUCACCUACCUCCAUCAGCCGUCUCUCCUGCACCUCCGGGAGCGCUGGGUGCCAGGUGAGGGCUGGAGCUCACAUUCCCAAAGGGACGCUGGAAGGGGUUUUUGGCACCAUGCUCGAAAAGCCCCCGCGAUGGCCCGCUUGUGCCAGGCCUGCCCUCUAGCGUUGUUGCUGUAGCCUCGUGCCAGCUGUCGAGUACUUCAAGAGAAGGCUGAGGCAGGGCUUUAAGGAAAACUGGCUGCAUUUGGCCCUGCUUAUAAGGUGCACAGGGAAUCAGGAGGACAGCUCUGCCUGCUCGCAUGGCCCAGCUUCCUCCAGCCCUGCUGAUCCAGCUCGUGUAUGCUUUCACAGCCCCCAGAGAGGUAGGAUUGUAACUGUCCUCAUUUUUGUGAUUUGCAUUGCUGUUCUGCUUCAGUAAAAUGCCUGCUUGAGAAGGCCACGGCAAUAUUUGUAGCUACAGAGAAAACCUGAGACCUGCCUUCCCCUGCCGUGGAGGGAGGGAGAUGUCUUUCCAUCUGCAUCUUGCAGCUGUGACUAACACGGAGCUGGUGGGCGGCUCCUUUCCCAGCCUGGGACCGUGCUGCAUCCCGUACCUGCUCUCCAAGGCACAGGGAAACCCCCCUCAUCACACCUUCCUGUGCUAGUGUUUGGAACUCUCCCCUUCAUGCUUCUGCCCUCCUAGCUCUUACCUGUUUUUCUGGAGGUCCCUUCUUCAUCUGACCUUCCACUGAGGGCUCUAUAAGCCACGGUUUGCCCCGGUGCAGCACACUGCACACAGUGCAGCUCCUGUACAGGCCCCAGCUGUACUGGGAGCACUGCUGCUGGUGGGGGCUGACCCUUGGGGGCCAAACAGGAGCACCCAGGCUUGGCUACCAGAAUAUUUGCAGCUGAUGGAGAUGCUGACUCUCUUCCUAGUUCUAAAAACUGGCUAAACCUGACAAAUCCUGGCACAGUUUUUGCUUCCGAUAUUAACACUAAAUACACGGCUGUUGUUUCCCUUUUGUGUCCGAGGCUACGAAGUGGCUGCUGGCCCUUCCCUGGCAGGCAGGGAGCUGGAUGGGAACCCCGGCCCUCCCUGCUGCUCCACCUCGUCUUCCUUCCAUUUCAGCAAACGCAGGGAGGACGCGCACAGCGUGUCGCUAAGCAAUACCCUUCUGGCUGUGGGUCUGGUAGCAGCGUGGAGCAGGGGUAGGGCCAGCCUCUGCGCUCCGGGGACAGAGGGGGGCUGCUGGAGGGGGUCAGGUGCAGGUGUCUGGAGGCCUGGGCCCUGUUCCUGCAGCUGGGGAGCAGCUGCUUGGGCUCUGCUGCUGGCAGGGCUGGGAGCCAGGCAGGGAAAGGCAGGGCUGCCCUCCUGUAACGCGGCAAUACCAGGCCAGUCCUGCUCGCAGUGGGUCUGCUCACCUCCGCCAGCUGGGCUGAGCUCUUCCUUCGCUCCUUUCAGGUCCGCAGGGCUGCCUGGCGCAGGGAGCACACGCUGCCUUUCUCAGUCGCACUUAACUCACUGUGUGCCAGCUGCAGAUCUUAUCGCUGGCACUUGAGAAACCAACUUGUCUUUCUGAUGCCAGGGCCGGCUGGCAAGUGGGCCACGAUCUCCUCCAUGGCCAAGCUGAGCUGCAGCCAGCGGCAGCGCCAAGCCACUCACUGCUAUCCCCGCAGGGCAGCUUUCCCCUGACCUAGCUCUUGCUUUGUGCCACUUAACCGUUGUAGGUGAUAAAAGGCAGCAGCUACCAGGGCUUCCUGCUGGCCACACCUUCCUCUAGAGGAGGCGACUCCAAGGUUUCCUUCUCUGGGUGAUCACAAACGUUUAUUUUCCUGCACCCUCCUUCCCGUGUUAGACUUGGAGGGAGCCAAGGCGUAGGAACGGAGCCGUUGGGAUGGUCUCGCCAUCGCCACCCUUCCCUCCGCCACUGAGGCACCUGAGGACCAGGGUGAACGGCUUCAGUCAGAAGUUUCCUACAUCGAGAUGUUUUUAAAUGGUGUAUAUUUUAUAUUAAAAUUUCGGGGAUGUAUGUAAAAAUAUUUGAUUUGUAUUAAAACUUGUAUUAAAAAAAAAAAGCAACGAACCCUAACCCGCACACAUCCACUGUACGAACGGCAAUAAACGACUGUCUUGGUAACACCC